AUGAUUCAGAAUAUUGAGAAGACAGCUCUGCUCUCUAAACAUGUCAAUCUACUUAUCACUGAAGUGGAACCUGAGGCAGCAGAUCAGGAAAUACGGGAUUUUAAGAUGCAGAUUAAUCUGGCUAAGGAAAAGCAGCAGAAACCCUUCUCUGAGAAGACAGUGAAGAAAGAUUUUAAGAUGAUUAUCAUCUCAGAUGAGAAGAAGAAGAAGAAGAAGAAGAAUAAGAAGUGA